AUGUCUAAAACUGCAAAGCAAAACUCUGUUUUGUUUAUAGUCUGUUUUAUUAUUUUUUGUAUUUUUGCAGCCAUUGGUUUAGGUGUUUGCUUUGGAUCUUUGGUACCAAGUAUUGAUAAAGCAAAAGGAUAUUCAUCAGGUGAAUGUACAGUAACUAAAUCAGUGAUUAUUGCUGAUUGCUAUUCAGAUGAAUGUGCUACCUAUAAUGAUCAAAUUUGGUGGUAUCCAUAUUGGGGACCAUCCUAUUUCUUUGUCUAUGUAGGUGGUGGAACUGAUGGUUCAUAUAAUAAUGGUGAUGAAGAUGGUGAUGGUGAAGACGACGGUGAAGACGAUGGUGAAGACGACGGUGAAGAUGGAGAUGACGAUGAUACUGGAGAUAGUGGAUUCGACGGUGACAGCGGUGGUGGUGAUGAUUCUGGUAUUGGUGGAGGUGACAGCGGUCUCCUCCUCAAGUCUGCCUAUCAAUCAACAACCGGUGGUCAAUCGUUGGGACAAGAGAUUAGAACCGUUUCAUCCUAUUUGCGUAGAAAUAAAGCUUCGAAAUCAGCACAAUUAGAACAAAGUGCAAAGAGAAGAGCAGAGAAAAUGUUGACAGAGUUGAGCAGCAACGGUACAAGCUCUGAGAGUUCCACUGAUAAUUCAUACAACAGCAGUGAAGGUGCCCAAUGUGGAUACAACUAUUGCGCUCAGGGUGUAAACUAUGUAACUCUUUCCAUGAGCGGAGGUGCCGUCAUCAAUACAUCGGUUCGUGGUCUUUGGUCAUCGGACGAAGGUUGGGUCUCAUCGUAUUUGAACAACUUUUUGGUUGGAAGCACCUACACUUGCUACUACCAAACCGAGCAACCAGCAAACGUUAUGUGGUUCCCACCACCCAAAUACAACAAUACCUCUUUGGUUUUGACUUGUGUAAUUCUCAGUCUUGCAUUGUUUUCAUUGAUUGCCACAAUUAUCUACGCCGUAAGAUGGUAUAUCGCUAAACGUCAAUCCAGUCACCACCACCACGAACACAAACCAAUUGCUCACCACAACAACCACAACAACAAAAAAGCAAAGCACUCAAAGAAAUCGAAAUCCGACGAACCAGAACCAUACAACUAUCGUGUAGUCUAUCAACCAUUGCCAUCGGAAACCUAUCAAGCUCCACAAGCAAACUACUACCAAUAUUCCUAUGGUGUUCCAUACAACCCAUCAAAUGGAGUUGCACCACAACCAGUUGCACCUUCCAUCAACAAUUAG